AUGUCCACUCCCACUCCCACUCCCCCGCACCCCCGCAUCGGCGUCGGGAUCUUCCUCUUGCACCCCACUCACCCCUCUUUCACUCCCGCCUCGCCCAUCUUCCUCAUGGGUCAACGACUCGGCUCGCACGGUGCAGGCCUGUGGGCUCAUCCGGGAGGGCAUCUUGAAUUUGGGGAGGAACUUGAAGAAUGCGCUAUACGCGAAGUGGAAGAAGAGACAGGAUUGCGUUUGAGGAAGGAAGAUGUAAAGUUUUUAACCGCGACGAACAGUUUUUUUUGGCGGGGAGGGGAAGGAGGGACAGAAGGAAAGGAAACAUUACGUGACGAUUUGGAUGGUGGGGAGAUGGGAUGGGAAAGGAGAGGGUCCGAGGAAUGUGGAGCCGGAGAAGUGCGCGGGCUGGGAAUGGGUGCGCUGGGAGGAUAUGAAACGAUAUGCAGAGGGAAAUGGGGAGAGGACAUUAUUUUCGCCUGUGAGCGAUCUUUUGAGGACGAGGGGGGAGGUGUUACCUCCUAG